UCUCAGGUGGACUUUCCCACGUCGUCGUUCGAGGUUCGGUUCAGUACUCCUCCUCCAGCUGAUUUCUGUCCUCAGUACGACUUCUCCAGACUGGACACCAUCAGUCAGAUCCAGCUGCAGGACGUCCUGCACAAGAAGGCCUUCUUCUGGUUGACGGUGGAGGAUAAGCGUCUGCUGUGGGAGAAGAAGGCGUUCUGUCAGGCAGAGAGUGCAGCUCUGCCUCUGGUUCUGGCCAGCGCCCCCUGCUGGCAGUGGGCCUGUCUACCCGACAUCUACGCCCUGCUGAGGCAGUGGGCGUGCCUGGGUCACCUGGACGCCCUGGGACUCCUCCACGCCUCGUUCCCGGACCAGGAGCUGAGGAGGACGGCGGUUCAGUGGAUGGACUCGAUCUCAGACCCAGAGCUGCUGGACUUCCUGCCUCAGCUUGUCCAGGCUCUGAAGUACGAGUGCUACCUGGACAGCUCUCUGGUUCGUUUCCUCUUACGGAGAGCCAUCGGAGACGUCCGCAUCGCUCACUACCUCUUCUGGCUGCUGAAGGACACGCUGCAGGACAGUCAGUUCAGCGCUCGCUAUCAGCACCUGCUGGCCGCUCUGCUGUGCUGCGUCGGUCGAGGGCUCCGGGAAGAGUUCGACCGUCAGUGCUGGCUUGUCUCCGUCCUCACCAAGGUGGCUCACAAGGUCCGAGACGCCACACCGUCCAGCAGACAGACUGUCCUCAGGGAUGGUCUGGAGGAGAUGAAGCAGUUUUUCACGGUGAACAGCAGCUGCAGACUUCCUCUGAACCCGGCGCUGCUCGUCACAGGAAUCAAGAUCCAGUCGUGUUCGUUCUUCAACUCAAACGCUGUCCCUCUCAAACUGUCCUUCCAAAACCUCGACCCUCUGGGAGACAACAUCAGCGUCAUCUUCAAGUCAGGGGACGACCUGCGGCAGGACAUGCUGACUCUGCAGGUGAUCCGCAUCAUGAACAAGAUCUGGAUCCAGGAGGGUCUGGACAUGAGGAUGGUCAUCUUCAAAUGUUUCUCCACGGGCAGAGGACGAGGUAUGGUGGAGAUGAUUCCUCAAGCUGACACUUUGAGGAAGAUCCAGGUGGAACACGGAGUCACAGGGUCCUUUAAAGACCGAACGCUGGCUGACUGGCUGCAGAAACACAACCCUUCAGACGAACAGUACGACAAGGCCGUGGAGAACUUCAUCUACUCGUGUGCCGGCUGCUGCGUGGCGACCUACAUCCUGGGUAUCUGCGACCGCCACAACGACAACAUCAUGCUGAAGACCAGCGGUCACAUGUUCCACAUCGACUUCGGGAAGUUCCUGGGACACGCGCAGAUGUUUGGAAACAUCAAACGGGACCGCGCCCCCUUCGUGUUCACCUCCGACAUGGCGUACGUCAUCAACGGAGGAGACAAACCGUCGAGCCGCUUCCACGACUUUGUGGAUCUGUGCUGCGAGGCGUACAACCUGAUCAGGAAACACGCACACCUGUUCCUCAACCUGCUGGGCCUGAUGUUGUCCUGUGGGAUCCCUGAACUGUCCGAUCUGGAGGAUCUGAAGUACGUGUACGACGCGCUGAGACCGCACGAGUCUGAGGCCGACGCCACCAUGUACUUCACCAGGUUGAUCGAGUCCAGCCUCGGCAGUGUCGCCACCAAACUCAACUUCUUCAUCCACAACCUCGCUCAGAUGAAGUUCGCCUCGUCCGAGGAUCGCCCCGCGCUCUCCUUCGCCCCCCGAGUCCACACGGCGAAGAGUGACGGCGUGAUCAGGAGCCUCUACAUCUGCAGACACAUCCGCACGACCAGCAAAGGAUACGCGUUCGUUGUGAAGGUCGAGCGUGAAGGUCAGCAGGAGGUCACGCUGGUUCAGAGGACGUUUGAAGAGUUUCAUGAACUUCACAGCAAACUGAGACUCAUCUUCCCCUCAUCCAAACUGCCCAGUUUCCCCAGCCGCUUCGUGAUUGGUCGGUCCCGUGGUGAGGCGACAGCUGACAGGAGGAAGGACGAGCUGAACGGUUACGUGUGGCACUUGAUCCACGCCGCCCCCGAGGUCGCUCAGUGUGACCUCGUCUACUCCUUCUUCCACCCGCUGCCCCGAGACGAGACACCAGGAAGUACACCCAGCAAACCAGCAGAGGUGACGUGGACCCCACCUUCAGGGAAAGAGCUCGGCGAGGUCAAACUGUCGAUCUCCUACAAGAACGACAAACUCUUCAUCAUGGUCAUGCACAUACGAGGACUGCAGCCCCUGCAGGACGGCACCGACCCGGACCCCUACGUGAAACUGUACCUCCUCCCAGACCCCCAGAAGACCAGCAAGAGGAAGACCAAGGCGGCUCGACGCACCUGUAACCCCACCUACAACGAGAUGCUGGUGUACGAACGGAUCCCUCGGGGCGACCUGGACCAGAGGGUGAUCCACCUGCGGGUUCUGGGUGACGGAGCGUUCUGGGAGAACACGUUGCUUGGAGAGACCUUCAUCCCCCUGAAGAGGCUGGUCCCCGGUCAGCACUGGGUCGACUGGCACCAGCUGGGCGCCGCCAGCUCAGACUCCGCCCACUGAGGGACAGGAAACAGGAAGUGUAGGAGAAGAAGAAGAGAGCCAGUUCUCCCUGAGAGGAGAUAAAAGUAAAAGCCGUGUGGCUGAUCCUCCCUCUGUGUUUGAGGGAGCUGAAGGUUUAGAGUUUAAAGCUUCAGAUUAACUUCACUGAAACCAUCAGGAUAACGAUUUUAGUUUCUUUCUGGAUCGCAGACUGAAAAUCUGAGUUUUGUUUUUAAUUUAUUGGAUUAAAAAUGACACUAAUUUAAGAAGUUUAAAGUCAGUGAGGCAGAUUUAUUUCAUGAUGAGAUCCUUUAACAAACUGUCCAAUGAAAUCACUUAAAAUGUCAGACGUUAAACUAACUAAGUAUUAAUGUUUUCACAAUAACUUAAAUUAAAGAAGCAAAAAUCAAACUUUAUUUGAUACCACAACAACAACAAAAGAGUCCUAGGCACCAAACAUUGGCUCGCAUGGGACCUCCUGCACACCAGAUGUUCAAAUUCAAAACAUAAAGACUAUCAGCGAAUCAGGCGGUCUGCAGUUUGAUCCAGCAGAGGGCGCUCUCAUUGCCAUCACUAAAUGAAGACAUUAAUGUUGUGACAAAAGCAACAGCGGCGUGAUUCAGGAUGUGCAAACUUACAGACAGCAGCCCACUGAUUGGUGGAGAGACAAACCUGAAACUCUCCCAAGCUGGCUCGCAAACAUUUGUGUACCAUGAGCGUCUGUGAGGUCUGAACGGGUGUUUUCGGCGGCGAGUAAUAUUGUGAAUAUAAAGAGAGCUGCACUGGAUCCUGAUCUAGCUUCAGACUGUUUCAGGCUCAGUGUUGCAUCAGUUUGGUAAAAAUUAAGAAAUGAAAAUGUUUUGUGUCUGUGCCGCAGCGACAUCAAUGUGUUAUGUUCUAAAUCCUUUUGAAUUUGAGUUUUUGAACAAAGUGACAGGACUACUGCACACUGCUUAAAACUGCAACGUCUUUGUACAACUCUCUCUCUCUUUUGGUGAAAUUAUGACUGAAGAUGUCGAUUGUUUAAAUCUUCUUAAAGUUCAGAUCGACUGUUGGUAAACUUGUGGUAUCAAAGUCUCGAAACAUUUUGCCGACUUUACUAGAUAUUCAUUUCAUGUUGGUUCAAAUUAAACAAAACAUGGGAACAUUUUUGUUGCAGUUUUAACCCCUUGUGAUCCAGUCUGUUGUCUGCAGAUAUGAGAUGUACAGACGCUCUGCACUCAGCCUGAAUCAAGGGUUUAUGUUGAGGAGACGACAGAUUGAGGCGUUUCUUGUCAAAACACUCUGAUGAUGAUAAAGACGAACCUCCUCUGGGUCAGUGGUUCUUAACUGGUGAAGCCUCAGGAACCUCCGACACCUCCUAAACAACCAAAUCCCAACACAAACCUCUGAACGUUUUCAAAAGUAUUUCAUGAAAAGUUAGCAGUCCUUCAUUUAUCGGUGUCAUAUUUCGAUUCGGCCGUGCUACCUUAUAAUUCGUCUUCUUCUCUUGUCAUUUAAUGGCAGAUGAUUUGACCUACUACACAUUUUUG